UUGCAUCACAGUAAACGAUCAAGUUUUGCCAAUCUUAGAAGCUGUCUAGUGGACGCCACCUCUCGGGUGGGUAGCAGAACAAUUGUAAAGAAUUGGUACAUCAAUCAAGUGGCUGGAGCACUCGCGGCGCUAAUCCUUAAAAACUGGCGUACGGCACACAUUCGACACGAUUGGUGGCAUAAGAUUUCAAGUGGACAUUCUGAUUGGAUUUCGCAACAUUUAUCAGUACGGAGCUUCUGAAAAGGAGGGCGUCGUAUGGGCACUUCAGACAGUGACACUGAGAAAGGGCGCGACAGGUGAUGUUCCUGCGUUCUAACUCGAUUAAUGGCACCAAGAAAACAUAACUUUCCUACGAAGGCACGAAAAUAAAUCACAGCAGACUCAGCCCUUGCAGCUCUUCGUUGAUCGGUUCGGGGAUUCUGACUCGUGUACAUUCCGUACCAUUACGCUGUGUGUGCUGGUGAAGCACUGGUAUCGAGUUAUCAGUGCCCUAGGAUUAAUCGUUCGUCAUUUGACGAUAACGCCUCCGGUAGGUCAAUAUCAUUUGCUGCGGAUUUUUUCGGUUUGUCGUAAGAAAGUUUGCCAGAUCCGUUCGUGCGCGGCGAAUAGAUAACGUUGCGCCAUUUAUCACCUGCCCAUCGUACACGAAUUAAAGCUACAGCAGAGGGUGGUUUUAUUUCACGGUGGGGUGUAUUUGUUUCUAUGUAGUACGCGUAUCGAUUCGCGAAGCCGAACUCAGUCAGUCAGUCAGUCCGGAGAAUCCGUUCAUUGCGAUACACGGAACGCGAGCGGCUCCGUUGAAAUCUAUCCGUCCGCACUCACGAUGGCUUUAGGUAACGCUCUGUACCCGCUGACCGCUACGGUGCUUCUCUGUGUCGUCGGUUUUGCAACGUCCUCCAAUGAGAACAGUCGAUUCUUGAUCAAUAGCAGACUAGAGGUCAACGUUAAGUCCUUACUAGGCGAAAUUUGUGGAACCAACUCAUCCCUGCUCAGCAUCGGCGUGAAAUCGCUCAGCAAUGAGUAUAGCGACCGUACAGUCGAGAACUUGUGUGGCAAUGAAACUACGGAAGUGUUGCUGUGGAUACCAGUCGGAAACUUUGGAAAUCUAGCCGAGUUAGGAUUGUCCAGUCGCUACUUGGGCAAGGGCGCUGGUGACGAAGAUUUCGCCGAGUACUGCAGCUAUGACGUAACGACCAAAUCCUGCACUACUGAUAACGGUGCCGUGGAAGGGUCAAUUCUGCUGCUGGCGGAGAAAUUCCCCGAACGAUAUGAGCUGCGCGAUCUGGUGUACAAAAAGUGGCGAAACUCUACCCACCUCGGUGCACCGAUUCUGGCCUAUGGAACGUUGAAGAAUCGAGAACCCGCCUACAAGUACGUUGAUCAGGAUAUUUCUUAUCUGGCGGAUACACGCAUCGAGUACGUCCUACCGGCAACCGUUACACACGGCAUUCCGCUGUCGGUGUACCGCGGUAAAACGGAAUCCUACAAGCUAGUCGCGGGCGAAACUUACUACAGCAGAAUUUUUAAGACUAUCAACGCUAUCCGUUACAUGAGUCCUUACUCCACUAUCAAUGUCACUGUCAUUGGAUCCGAAGGCCGGGACUAUCGUGAAUUCCGCGCCAAAUUGGUUACCGUGUACACCGAUGAGGAGGGUUACGGGUGGUCGAAAUCACUAUCGUCGAUAGAAGCUGCGAUGAUUGAAACCAAGCUAACCGAGACGCAUGUAGAGUAUGCACUGCCCGUGAACUUGUACGAUACGCAGCCACCGGUACUAUCGCCGCUUCUGCCCGCUCUCAAUGAAGGUAACAGUAUCGUCGAUAAAGGCCAGCAGCCGGCAAAGGGAAUUGUAGCGAAACCAGAAAACAUUCACAUCCAUAUCAGCGAGCUAGACUUUGGACAGGCGUAUCCAGGAUUCCGUAACGUAGCCGUCGGUGCUGCAAUUUUGUUCUUCUCCGUCCUUGGAGUGGCGAUCAUCGAUAUGAUAAGACGCACUAUCGCUAACCGACGCGCCAAACGAUUGCAUCUCGGCAAGUACAGUCGAACGUAAAGGCGCAUACGGUUGCGUAAAAUAUAUCGUAGCACAUCAAUCAUUGCCGAGCGUUAGGGUUAUGUUAAAAUCUUCGUAGUGCGUUACGCAUUUUAUUAGCACGUUCAUUGCAGCAUUCACAAGUAUUAGUAAGUAGUUUACCAAACUUUUCUGUGACUCGCCGAGUGUAUUAAACGUUGGAAUAAAACAAUAAAAUUAUUUAA